GUCUUCUUCGUUCUUGGCGAUCAAGCUGCGCGAGUCAAUAGAUCCAUUUUUACCCAAGUUCUAGUAGUAGACUCCAGGAUCAGAAGAACAAAAUGCGAACCUAAAGCCAGUUUCCUGGCGUCGCGACCACAGUUCUCUUUACGACUGUGCAUUUCUCUUAUUGGUUGCGUUGCAGCAGCAGCUAUCGCCAUGACGCUGUGGGGUGGGCUCUCGUCGGGUUUCAAGAACCUGCAGGACACAUUGCAGGAUACCCAGUCCAAGUUGCAAGAAUCUUUCGCGGGCCUUUCCGAGGAUCCAUUUCCAGUGCCAGACUUCCAGAAAGUGUAUUCGAAAAUAGUCUAGUGCUUUUUGUUUUGAUUUGAUGCCUUCCGUAGAUUCAGCUUUUCUUUUUUGUGCAUUCGCAUCUACCCUGCCAUGAACAUGAAGAUGUUGAUGGACAUACUUAAAAAACAAACUCACAGCACGUCGAACCAGAGUACGAGCGGGAUCAAUACCAACGGAAUCCCGAUUCCACCCGGCGCGGGGGUCAUUUCAGGGUCCUCCAAUGGCCAGCCGCUGCCACCAGGUGGCUUCAGUAAGCCGGAUGACGCGGAAGACCAAGCUCUCAAUGCCUAUAUACAGUCCCAAUAUGGGCCACAACAGCCAAGACUCCCGCGCUCGGGCUCCUCACAGUCCGGGAUCGCAUCGUCAGCGGGAGGCACAGUAUCGUCGACCGCCAGCGCUGCGCCGGGAGGAGCAUCUUCUUCCAUUCCAGGGCUUGCAGGGGCCACGGUCGCCGCCUCGUCCUCCACCGCGGGUCGGCAGCCAUUAUUCGGCGGCGGGUCCUCGUCUCUUGCGGGAGCUGGAACCCCCAGCGGUAGCGCUGGAACCCCCAAUUCGCUGGGCGCAACUGCCGGCGCGACGCCAAAUAAUCUAGGGUCGCUUGCUAGCGCAAGCUCUUUUCCACCACCGCUGCCACAAUCUACGUCCGUCUCGUCUGCUGGCUCCGCACCGCCGCCGCCUCCCCCCGUCGUGCCUGCGGCUUCAAGCAGUGAUACAAAGCUGGAUCUCGCAAGUGGUAUCGCAUCAUCCAUGCCUGGUGCGCCAGCCUCGCCCUUCGCGCCGGCGGCACGGACGCAAUCAGAAACCGCUGCAAGAACCUCGACCACUGCAAAGAAUGAAGCAGCAGUCCCCUCUCAAGCCCAACCUCCUCCACCCCCAAAUCCAAGCGCAACAUCCCCACAGCCUCCACCAAUCGAUACCACGGGGAAAGAGGCGGCGCAAAGUGCAGCGCUCAUAACGCCGUCCGCUUCGAGUAUGCCGCUCGGACACAUGCCAGCGAGCGCAGGCACUGCAGUGGCCUCUAUUGCCGCGCAGAAUCUUGGCACGCCGAACUCCACCGCAAUUGGAAGCAUCGCUAUGCAGCCAGGAUCGGCGACGUCUCCUCACAGUGCCAUGAUGCAGGCGAAAAAUGCAGUAAGCACGACAGGGGCACUGUUUCCAGGCUCGAUGACAGCAGUGCCAGGCUCCGGGGCUGCGCCUUCGCAGCUCCGUCCGAACACCACCCUGAAACCUCCAGAGCAUCCCCUAGACCCUGCGGCGGCUACCAUGAGCAGCUUUCUGCAGAUGCAGCUGACCGAGGCGCAGGCGAAGAUCCGGCAGCAAGAGCAGCGGGUGUCGCAGCUACAGCAUCAAAAUCAGCUGUGGCAGGAGCAGCUGCAGCAAACGAACCAACUGCACUCGCAGCUUAAGGAGAAGUUUCGGGACCAGGAAAACCAGCUGCGGCAGGCGAAAGAAAACCGCAUCGAGGGCCAGGCGUCGGAGAAUAUCGCGCAGCGAUACAAGCAGGAGGCGGAGGAGAUGAAAUCUGCGUUCGAAGCUUUCCGGUCUCAGGUCGAGGAAGAGAGGAUGGAAACACAGAAGCAAGUAUACCAUGCAUAGAUUUUUGUGCCAAAUGAAGCUGCACUCAGUUUGGUUUCGUUUCAACUCGCGUUCGAAUCCUUGGGAUGUUCCUCGAAAUUCUUAUGGCAGGUGAAGGGGCUGGAGACCAACAACUUGCAGCUGCAGAACAGGCUGGACCGCCAGAUUCAAAAGAUGCGGGACUUGGAAGCGAAUUAUGCACAAGCCUCCGCACCGCUCCAGCGACGACUCGCGGAGCUGGAAGCGAAUGCAAAAUCCAAUACCUACGAGCUGCACCAAACUAUCGACGAGCUGAAUACCGACCUGGUGCUGCAAAAGGAGAAAAGGGCGGAGCUGGAAAAGGUACUCACACUCUUGUUCAAUGUGAGCUGGAUGGUUUUCUUCUCACGCAAAGUUUCGCUUCACUGUCAUCACCAAGUAGAAAGAAACUGCAUGGGGUGGAACUAAUUCGAAUGCGUCGACGAAAUCUGAAUCUGAUGUCACAUCAGGAAGUCAUACGUUGGCGGGAGCAAGUUACGGAAGCGCAGUCCGUUGUCGUAGAGCGGGAAACCGAGAUUCGCGAUAUCAAAGCCUCCGAGCGCCUCGAGGUUGAAACUCUGAAACGCGCCCUGGCGCAAUUACAGCAACAAGUUUCAUCGGCAGCUGCUGCGCAAGCGCAGCGCGACGAGCAAGCGAACGAGCAGAAGGGUUCGGUCAGCAGUGCGAGCGGCACAGCAGACGACAUCACGUCCACAUCCACAGUGACGCUGAGUAUGAAAGGUUCUGCUGCGAGUGGUGCGGCCCUUCCUGUUGGAGGAGGGACAGGCCUGGACGUCGACGUUGAUCAAGCCGGGACGGGGGAGCAAUCACCAACCGAUAUGUCACGCAGCGACAAGGAGUGUCUACGCCAACAGAACAGCCACUUGAAGGCCGAGAUUCUCGCCUUGCGGGAACAGUUGGAGAAUGCAAUGAAGAGCGCAGAAAGUAGUAGCAAACAAGACGAAGCUCCAGGUUCUCAGACAGAGGCUGCUGCUGAAGGCAAGAAGAUCGCAACGGGCGUGGAUGCUCCUGAUGCGAGCUCGAGGCGGUCAAAUCCGCCGGCGUCGCAGAACACUACGCCAAGUCGCCCUCGGAAGACAGCGGAGGAUGAAUUGAUCGACUCGUGGUUUCAGCAAGACGCUGUCAAUUUGACAUUGGAGAAUGAUCGCUUGAAAGCUGAAUAUGGUCAACUCCAGCACAGAUUUGAAAAAGCGCUUCAGGUCAUUGGACGUUUACAGGAAGAUAUUGAAAAAGCAAAGAGAUGACUCCACGGAUCUCCCUGUAAGUUUUACGAAGCAGGUGUCUUUG